AGUCAGACAAAAGACACUGUCCCACGUUUCUUUCUUACUUGGCAUCACUCUCUCUUUUUCUCCCUCCUUUUCUCUGUCUCUCUCCAAAAUCCUAAAUAAAAUUCCCAAUUUUUGUAAAAACCCAAUCAUUUCUCUUCACCUCGAGAUCCUCGCCGCUAAACAACUUCUAAAUCCCACCUCCGUCGCCGGAAACCGUCCGAAUCCGUCCUAAAAAUAGAAUCUCCGGCAGAUACCUAAAAUAUUAUAUUAUAUAGAGAAGAUCGCUGUCGAAAUGAGUAACGGAGAGCUACUUCAAAUCGAACCUAUUGAGCUUCAGUUUCCCUUCGAAUUGAAGAAGCAGAUCUCAUGCUCCUUGCAAUUGACCAACAAAUCCGAUAACUAUGUUGCCUUCAAGGUGAAGACGACGAAUCCAAAGAAGUACUGUGUAAGGCCUAACACUGGAAUUGUGAUGCCUCACUCUACCUGUGAUGUCACAGGUCUCUCUCUCUCUCUCUCUCUCACACACACACACACACACAGAGUUCUCCUUAUACGUAUGCCGCUGCAUGUUCUUUUGAGUUUGCUAAAUAUCUUUUUACUAGUAAUUGGUGUUGUAAUUAUUAGUAGUUUGGGAUUAAGAUGUNCAUUUGAGCAUUGA